GGACUGUAGCCUUAAACUUAUCGGAGCUUUCUACCUUUAUUUUGUUGUUUGCUCCUCUCUCCAUCUAGCUUCUCACGGAGAGAAUGAAGGGUUCGCUCAAAACGCGAUAUGACCUCGACAAAAUGGCGGCCGCCGCCACCGUCUCCGUCAACGCCGGCGACAUCAAACUCCGAGCUACCAUGACUGACGCCACAGUUGUCAAAGGCCCCUCCUUGAACGGCUUAGCUCUUGCACUUGAGAAACCUGGCGCUUUCAUCGUCGACUACAACGUCCCCAACAAGGAUUUUAGGUUUCAAUUUAUGAGUACGGUUAGGGUUUUGGAGAAGCCGUUGAACUUGAAUUACAUCCACUUCAAAGGAGAUAAGCGGACAACGGUGGAUGGGACUUUGGUUUUGGAUCCGGCUAACAAGGUUUCUGCUAAUCACUUGAUGGGCUCCGGGAAUUGUAAGCUUAAGUAUACUUAUGUGCACAAGGGGCAGACUACCUUUGAGCCCAGCUACGAUUUCGCCAAGAAUGCCUGGGAUUUCUCUGUUUCGCAGAGAGUUUACGGGGACGAUGUGUUGAAGGCUAUGUACCAGACGUCCAACCAGAACUUGGCCCUAGAAUGGUCCAGGAAUUCCAAAUUGAAUGGCUCUUUCAAGAUUUCUGCAUCUCUUAAUUUGGCCGAGGAUCGUAAAAUGCCAAAGCUUAUUGCCGAGAGCACCUGGGACUUUGAAAUGUGAUGCUUCUCUGUAUCAUGAUUCUGCCGUUUUCAUCUUCUUGCUGCAAUCAUACAAACAAACCAUAUUCAUUGACCUAGUGAUUAGCGUCGUCUGGCUUCUUUCCACGGCUAAUAUUGUCGGUGAAUUCAAAACAUGGAGCCGAAUAUUGUGUCGUGGACAAAUCCAAAAUUUUAUUUUCCCAUGGUUUGUUUUGAUACACUGUGUUCAUUGUUCAAGAAACUUUUGCAUCAAGUCUUAGAAAAAAUGUUUUGGUUAGGUUACUGAUGAUUUCAGCAGCUUGCCAAGCACCAUUUUCAUGCCCACUGAAUAAAAUGAAUGUAGUCUAUUGGUUAUACACUAUUUUUC